AUGCCGACUUACGCUGUUCUUGGUAGCACGGGGAAUUGUGGAUCAGCUCUCAUCCGCAACCUCAUCGAACAGUCCCCUGACAACCACGUUAAUGCGUAUUGUCGAAACGAAGCAAAGCUACAUAAGGUCCUCCCAGAGGUCGCUGACAGCAACCAAAUCAAUGUCUUUCCUGGGAGCAUGAGCGAUGAGGCGCUAAUGGAUAACUGUCUGCGUGGUACGAAAGCCGUCUUCUUGGCGGUGACCAGCAAUGACAAUAUCCCUGGCUGUCGCCUCAACACAGACACCGCAAUCACCGUCAUCCGGUCCCUGUACCGACUGCGUGACGAGGCACUGGUUCUCCUCAGCGCUUGCUGCUUUGACGACCACCUCGCGCGCACCCAGCCCAAGUGGUUCCGCCCCAUCAUGCUGCGGGCCGCGUCCAAUGUGUACUCGGACCUGCAGCGCGCCGAGGACGUCAUGCGCUCCCACGACCACUGGAUUCCCUCGAUCUUCAUUAAGCCCGCAGGCCUUUCGCCUGACAUCGCACGGGGCCACAGGCUCACCUUUGACGAGGAGGAGAGCUUCGUCAGCUACAUGGACCUCUCCAACGGCAUGAUAGAGGCUGCCAACGAUGAGUCUGGUGUCUACCUCGGGAGGAACGUCGGUGUCGUCAACAAGGUCCGCGGCCAGGGUGCCAGCUUCCCGAGCGGCACGCCGUUGUGCAUAGCCAUGGGGUUCGUCCGACAUUUCUUCCCCUGGCUGCACCCCUACCUGCCUGAGACUGGGCCAGGGAAGUGA